CCCGCGGGCGGCGACACCAAGCCGCUCGACCUCAUCGCGCCGGCGGACGGCCCCUGGCCCGUCAACUGCGCCGAGCUGCCUGAGCUGUGCGAGGUGGUGAAGAAGGUGGCGGUGGGGCGCGCGGUGAUGGCGGCGGUCUCCAACUCGAACAUCCUGCAGAUGCUCGGCCAGUUCGUCGACGUCGUCCAAAAGGUCGGCGUGCCGAACUUCCUCGUCGUCGCGCUCGACGAGCGGACAAAGCAGUUCCUCGACGGGCGAGGCUGCCCCUCGUACCGGCGCAGCCUGCGCGCGCGAGGCGGCGGCACGGACAACCACGCGACCUCGUCGCUCAAAUUCCAAAUUCUCGCCGAGAUGCUGUCGGUGGGCGUGUCGGUCCUCCUCUCCGACGUCGACAUCGUCAUCACCAAGGACCUGCUCGGCCUCCGCAGAGAGACGCGGCGCGAGAGGUGCGCCUCUUCACGCCUCGUCCGCGGCAUGACGGACGGGUGGGACGACCGCACCGCCUACGGCCACGUCCUGCCGACGGCGAUGCCCGGCUCGAAGGAGCCUCCCCUCGCCUCCCUCCGGCUGGUGGCGCGCAACUCGGGCCUCUUCUACCUCGGCCGCCACGCGACCCUCGCCCCCGGCUGGGCCAGCCCCGCCUCUCUUCACGCCCGCAGCCAGAGCCGCGGUCGGCCGCGCGAGGCCCGCCCUGACGCGCCCCGCCUCGCGUGUGCGCAGGAGAUCUUCCGGCUGGCGUACGGCUCGCACGAGGUUGCGGGCGUCACCGUCCGCACGAUGAACUACAUGUGCUUCCUCAACACAAAGUUCCUCUUCAAGCACAUGCGCUCCGACGCCGCCCUCGCCGACCGCAGCCGCCACGUGCCAGUCUCGUGCCACGUCAACUACCACCCGGAGAAGGAGGCGAGGAUGGUCUCCAUCAAGGCGUUUUACCACGGCGGCGACGACGCGGCGCUCAAGCCUUGGAACGGCGGCGAGGGGCGCAACACGGGCGGCUGCUCGGGCAAGGUCGGCGUCAACACCGACCGCAUGCCGCCGCUCGGCGACAAGGGCUAUAAGGACUUCAAGCUGGGCGACUCGCUCCUCGCCGCAAACGAGGAGUGGUCGUGGAGCGGAGAGGGAGGCGGCGUCCACUUCCGCGCAGGCGGUGCGCUCUCCUCUCCGUGGGGGGAAGGGACGUGGGGUCCUGUGCCGUCGCCGUGGCGCAAGGACUCGGUGUAUGUGGCCCUUGGCGGGCAAACCUACCUGCUGAUGUUCCUCUCCGAGAAGUGGGCGUUCACCGCCGUCCGCUGCUCCGACGAGGAGGUGUCAUUCGGCCAGCUCAAACGGCGAGACACGCCGCAGAGGCGGCUCGUGUGGUGA